AUGAUCGUGUUCGAUCGUACCGUUUGGGUCACGGUGUGCGUUCUGCUUGGCCUGCUCGUAGGAGGAUCUCAGCAACAGCAGCAACCACAACAAUGUGUGACGCCAUCGAAGCAGCGCGGACGUUGCAUCUCUAUCUAUGAGUGUGACAGCAUACUGAACUACUUCAAGGAGCGCAUCCUCACGUGGGAAGAGCGCGAGUUCCUGCGUAUGUCUCAGUGCACCGGAGCAACGGCUGGCCGGCAACCGUUUGUGUGCUGUCCUGGAAAUAGUGCCAAACCCGUGGUUCAAACAAGCACCGCAGCUCCAGCUCCAACGGUCUCAGGAACCUCUGGAGAUGUGGUACAGGAGCAGCUCGUCGGAGGACUCCUGCCGAAUCCGAAGAAGAACGAGUGUGGUGUCAGCAUUGGGAUGCGGAUAUACGGAGGCGAGAAUGCCGAUAUCGAUGAGUUUCCCUGGUUGGCGAUGAUGCAGUAUGAAAACCGGAAGGGUGAACGUCGAUACAGCUGUGGAGGAUCGUUGAUCAACAAGCGCUACGUGCUGACGGCAGCUCAUUGCGUGACCGGUGAGGUGGAACGUAAAGAAGGCAAACUCGUUGGAGUACGGUUGGGCGAGUACAACACCAAUACCGAGAUCGACUGUGUGAUGGAGGAUCAGGAGCAGAUCUGUGCCGAUCCACCGAUCGAUGCGACGGUCGAGUCAUCUACUGUGCAUCCAGAGUAUGAUGAGGCUGCUCACGCACAUGAUGUCGCACUUGUCCGGAUGGGGCAAACCAUCGAGUACACGGACUUCGUACAACCCGUCUGCCUGCCGUUGUCUGACUUCCGAGCUUCGAAAGCGGGAGAAGUGAACUUCGUGACCGGGUUCGGUCGCACACUUAAAGGAAGCCGCAGUGUGAUCAAGCAGAAGCUCGGCAUCAAGGUGUACGAACACGACCGUUGCCGGGAGAAGUACGCGACCAAAAAUGCGCUGAUAACAACGAAGCAGAUCUGCGCUGGAGGGGAAUUCGCGAAGGACUCGUGCCACGGUGACUCAGGUGGCCCACUGAUGAAGCUGCAGAAGGUCUGGUACCUCGAGGGUGUCGUCUCGUACGGUAACCGGUGCGGUCUGGAGGAUUGGCCAGGUGUCUACACGCACGUGCCAGCGUACAUGGAGUGGAUACGGGCCAACAUUAGGGCGUGAUCAAUGUCCAAGGAGAUAGUGAGAGAACCAGCUAAGUCCAGUGAGCAAAAGCGAUCAACGAACAGACUGGGGAGUUUUACGUUAGCUUAAUAAGAUAAGACAACGCCCAUUAGGCGGUGGGUUUAAUGGCAUUCAUCAUUGUACACCGGUCGGGUCGGGAACGCAUUCUAAUAGUUUCGCCUCGUCAGAAACACGCCCGUUCACGUAACGAAGUCGUCACAGGCGAUCGAUCGAUAAGGGAUACUAAAUAAACACUACUCUUUUUC